UUUCUCAACCCACUUACAUCAAUCUCCAACGUUUUAAUACCGCUCAAUCAAAAUGGAUUACCAAGGUUCCAGCGGCCGUGGAUGCUUCAACUGUGGCGACGCCGGACACCAGGCGCGCGACUGCCCUAAGAGGGGUACUCCUACUUGCUACAACUGCGGAGGACAGGGACACGUUAGCCGAGAGUGCACUGCACCCCCCAAGGAGAAGUCUUGCUACCGUUGCGGCCAGACCGGUCACCUCUCCCGCGAAUGCCCUCAGUCCGGCUCCGGUGACAACUACAACGCUGGCGGUGCCGGUGGUUCUGGCGGUCAGGAAUGCUACAAGUGCGGCCAGGUCGGACACAUUGCUCGCAGCUGCCCCCAGAGCGGAGGUUACAACGGUGGCUACAGCGGUGGCUACGGAGGCGGUUACGGUGGACGCCAGCAGACCUGCUACUCUUGCGGUGGAUACGGCCACAUGGCUCGCGACUGCACCCAGGGCCAGAAGUGCUACAACUGCGGUGAAGUUGGCCACGUCUCGCGGGACUGCCCUACCGAGGCCAACGGCGAAAGAGUGUGCUACAAGUGCAAGCAGGCCGGCCACGUCCAGGCUGCCUGCCCUGCCUAAGCCAGUUCUAUUUGAUGGUUCUCCUAAUUCCCUUUGGGUUUUGUGAUGGUCGAUGAAGGUCUAAAAAAGGGUGGCAUAAAAGUCCACAAUUUCAUGAUUAGGUUUUUCAAAAUCAGGGCAUGGUUUCUGCUUUUGUAACGAGAUCACGGCUUAAUUCGAGAAUCUGGGCAUUACGACGAUUUCUUCUGUGGAGACUCUACAUGAUGAAUCCUCAUCGCGCCGUUUUUUCUUUAUUUUUCUGCCGGUUUUUUCUUUUUCCUUUCACUUUGCUACAAAAGUUGACAGAACUUGCAUGUGCCGGAUAAAAAGAAUAUUAACGAAUGAAUCGCAUCGGAUGGCCUGUCUUAUUUUUUUUCUGAAGACAGAUAGCCAUGGCCAUCCUUCAUCUCUAUAUCUCUUUAUCUCCUCCCUUAAUUCUUUCUUCUAGAUCAGGCUUCGUUUCUUCCUCCGAGUAUUUUUCUCUCUUCCGACGAGGGACGUUAAGGACGGACGUUCCUGAUCUUGCGGACGCAUAGCAUUUAGAUUUCCUAUCGAA